GGAAAACAGCAGCAGGGCAAAGAGUACGGCUCCCACGGCACUGAUGGACAAAAGACCUCCGAAAGCUUUUGUUCCAAAAUUUGACAAGAUUCCUUGGCUUAGUGAAGCCAGCCUGGUAAACAAGCCACUGAUACUCAGCAUCCCUAGAAGGUAUCACUCCUCCAUUGUUCUGACGUCAUACAAGAAGGAUAUGUAUUUACCACACUUGCUUGAAGAUCCGGAUGCCAUAUCGAAGGCUAGAAAGAACGAGCAUGAAAACCUGUCACCCAGAAACAAGCAACUGUGCUCCACAUGUCGGGGAUGUCAAGGAGUGAAAACGGUACGGCCAAAAACUUUCAUAAUACCUGACCAUCAGAAACCAUCCUCCCAGAAUUCUAUGAAUCACAGAGAGGUGAACCUUCAGUCGCAAGUGCAGCAGUUGCAUUCCUGCAAUGAUAUUCCAACAGAGAGCAUUCGCUACAGACUGCCCAUUUUAGGUCCCAGGACUGCUGUCUUCCACAGGCUGCUGUCAGGUGCCUACGAAACUCCUCAGGAUACUCAACACAGUGCCUUUCCCAGAAAGAAAGGAACGAGCAAGGCAGUGAAGCAGUAA